AUGCCCCAGCUGGCUCGUCAGGCUUCCAUGCCUCAGCUGGCUCUACAGAUUCCCAUCGCCUCAGCAGAAGCAACUGGCCCGUUCCUAGUCCUCGGGAUUGUCCCUCUCGUCGGCGACGUCCUGCGAGUUGACCCUGUUGUUGGCUAUGACCCACCACCACCCCUAACACCACCACCACCACCCCUACCACCACCACCAUCACCCCUAACACCACCACCACCACCCCUAACACCACCACCACCCCUAACACCACCACCACCCCUAACACCACCACCACCCCUAACACCACCACCACCCCCACCCCUACCACCACCACCACCCCUAACACCACCACCACCACCACCCCUAACACCACCACCACCCCUAACACCACCACCACCCCUAACACCACCACCACCCCUAACACCACCACCACCCCUAACACCACCACCACCCCUACCACCACCACCCCUAACACCACCACCACCACCCCCACCCCUAACACCACCACCACCACCAGCACCCCCACCCCUAACACCACCACCACCACCCCCACCCCCACCACCACCACCACCCCCACCCCUAACACCACCACCACCACCACCACCCCUAACACCACCACCACCCCUAACACCACCACCACCAUCACCACCCCUAACACCACCACCACCACCCCCACCCCUAACACCACCACCACCACCACCACCCCUAACACCACCACCACCACCCCCACCCCUAACACCACCACCACCCCUAACACCACCACCACCACCCCCACCCCUAACACCACCACCACCCCUAACACCACCACCCCUAACACCACCACCCCUAACACCACCCCUAACACCACCACCACCACCCCCACCCCUAACACCACCACCACCCCUAACACCACCACCACCCCUAACACCACCACCACCCCUAACACCACCACCACCACCCCCACCCCUAACACCACCACCACCCCUAACACCACCACCACCCCCACCCCUAACACCACCACCACCCCUAACACCACCACCCCUAACACCACCACCCCUAACACCACCCCUAACACCACCACCACCACCCCCACCCCUAACACCACCACCACCCCUAACACCACCACCACCCCUAACACCACCACCACCCCUAACACCACCACCACCACCCCCACCCCUAACACCACCACCACCCCUAACACCACCACCACCCCUAACACCACCACCACCCCUAACACCACCACCACCACCACCACCCCUAACACCACCACCACCCCUAACACCACCACCCCUAACACCACCACCACCACCACCCCUAACACCACCACCACCACCACCCCUAACACCACCCCCAACACCACCACCAACAACACCACCACCCCUAACACCACCACCACCCCUAACACCACCACCACCACCAACACCACCACCCCUAACACCACCACCACCACCACCCCCCCUAACACCACCACCACCACCACCCCUAACACCACCACCACCACCACCCCUAACACCACCACCACCACCACCCCUAACACCACCACCACCACCCCCAACACCACCACCACUAACACCACCACCCCUAACACCACCACCACCACCACCCCUAACACCACCACCACCACCACCCAUAAAACCACCACCACAACCCCCAACACCACCAACACCACCACCCCUAACACCACCACCACCACCCCUAACACCACCACCACCACCACCACCACCAACACCACCACCCCUAACACCACCACCACCACCACCCCUAACACCAGCACCACCACCACCACCACCACUCCUAACACCACCACCACCACCACCACCAACACCACCACCCCUAACACCACCACCACCACCACCCCCACCACCACCACCACCACCACCACCACCCCUAACACCACCACCACCAACACCACCACCAACAACACCACCACCACCAACACCACCACCACCCCCAACACCACCACCACCAACACCACCACCCCCAACACCACCACCCCUAACACCACCACCACCAACACCACCAACACCACCACCACCCCCAACACCACCACCACCACCACCACCAACACCACCACCACCCCCAACACCACCACCACCAACACCACCACCCCCAACACCACCACCCCUAACACCACCAAUUGAUGACAAGAUCAUUUUUCACAGACAGGAAAUCAGACCUCUAGCCAGCCACCUCAACAGGGAAUCAAACCUCCCAGCCAGCCACCUCCACAAGAAAUCAGACCUCCAGCCAGCCACCUCAACAAGAAAUCACACCUCCAGCCUGCCAACUCAACAAGAAAUCAAACCUCCAGCCAGCCACCUCAGCAGGAAAUCAAACCUCCAGCCUGCCACCUCAACAAGAAAUCAGGCUCCAGCCAGCCACCUCAACAAGAAAUCAAACCUCCAGCCAGCCACCUCAACAAGAAAUCAGACCUCCUGCCAGCCACCUCAACAAGACAUCAGACCUCCAGCCAGCAACCUCAACAAGCAAUCAAACCUCCAGCCAGCCACCUCAACAAGAAAUCAAACUUCCAGCCAGCCACCUCAAAAAGAAAUCAGACCUCCAACCAGCCACCUCAACAAGAAAUCAGACCUCCAGCCAGCCACCACAAUUGGAUGUUCCAGCCUGGCAACACAGAGAAUAUCCCAGCCAAAGUCCACUAAGGUUCCAGCCUGGCAACACAGAGAGUCUCCCAGCAAACGUCCACUAAGGUUCCAGCCUGGCAACACAGAGAAUAUCCCAGCCAACGUCCACUAA